GAUGAAUGCACGGACGUUAUGUUUCGCGUUGUACUGGUGAUCUUCCGUGUCACUUUGUCCGUUGUAAGCUGUUGAGGUGUCGUCAAUUAUUUCCUUUCAAGCAAUUGCACUUUCAUUGAAUACUUUUUCAUUCGUAUCAUUUUAGUACUUUUGACUUCAAGAGGACGUACAAUUGUAGAUACGUGAACACAUGGAAUCCAUGGAGCCCAACAGAGAUGUGAGUGACAGUGGCAAUACCAGCGGUGCUGCACAGGCUUCCACUGGCAAGACGACUAUGGACACGUCUGCCGAAGCAAGUGACCGCCUCACACCAAUGCCUGCACCUGCACCAGGUGCAACUGCGCCUGUGUCAUCGCUGGCAUCAUCUGCACCAUCAACAACAGCUACAAGCACUAUGCUUGCAACGGCUACUCCUAGCACUUCCACGAUCGCAGCUCAAGCAAUGAGUCAACAGUUAACAACAGAUACUUCCCAAAUACCUGCUGCUGCUGUUCCAACUCCAGCUACUGUCACAACUGCUGGUGCUGCUGCUGCUGCUGCUGCAGUAGCUACAACUGCUACAACUGCUGGAGCUACUGCCAGUACUACAGUGCCUGCUACAAUGCCUGCGCCGAUCACACAGCAAAUCCAGUAUCUUGUGCCCAGUUCUGACAUGCCUGCACCAGUAGUACUAACGCCAGAGGAACAAUUAGAAAAGCGGUAUCAUGCACUGAUGGUGGCUGUAGAAGAAAUUGGCCGUGAUAUCAAACCUGCGUACGCUGGAUCUCGUAUUGCAAUGGAGAGACUAAAGAAGUCUAUUGGCCAAUGUCGUUUACUGGUGAAAGAAACAUCUCAAGACACUCGCAAAGUGUCCAGUAGUAGCUAGAGGAGUUUGGGAGAGGCGUUGACAUUGUACUGCUCCGGCCGCCAAUGGUGUUAGACCAAUCAACGUGUAUGUGCCAGUACUCAGUGUGGACUCAACGGGUAGCUAUGCUGACUGGUUCUGUGUUGUGCUGCCCUGUUGAUACCACUUGCAGCAUACGUGUGUGUAUGUGACAAGUAUUUGCAGUUUGCAGCAACAGUAGCAGCACUACUCCAGAGAUGACGUGCACUGCUUGCAAUCAAUUAGUUGGCUCCUAAAAAAGUUCAACCUUGGUUUAGGAGCAGCCCAACCCAGCCUUGCCCAGUAACAGUUACUUAUGCCACUACCAGUCACUUGAAUGAACCUUGUGUCUGUACUUGUCCAAUGUACGUUGGCUGGUGAUCAAGUUUGUGUGCUUUCUGAUACAAUUUUAAGUCAUAUUUCUUCAUGCUGCUCAUCUCAUCAGGUCUAUUUCUCCAUACAUCCCAUGAGCACAGUUCACUACUCAAAAGUACAAAGCCUUGUUCUGUGCUAGUUACAUGUACUAGCAAGAGUAUAUUAUACUCUUGGUACUAGUCAUGGAACAUUGUGCAUCACUACAUACAAACAUCAUAGCUAAUUACUUUUACUGCCAUCACAGAUGUGUGUUUCCUUUUCAGUCACACAUUCUGGUGAUCUAUUUGGAACAUUGUUCAUUUUGAAUGUUGUGCAUUCUGCUGGUGUUCACUGAUCCAAACCACUUCUUUUGCAGCACAUUUUAGCUUGUACACGUACUGUGCUUUUCUUUUUGUGUCGUUCGCAAUGAGUUGCACUCACUUUCUGAAGUUUUGGUACUCUGCUAGCUAUGAUGGCCUACUUGUACAUGAGCUGUGUACGUCAUAAUAAUUAUGUACAAUGAGUGUGCACUGUUUGAGCUUUGAAUUGUUGCCUGGCAGCCAUUGUUCUGAAAUUAUUUUAUUUAGAAGUUCA